AGCGGAGCUGAAAGUGUGACAAGCGAUCCUUCAGAUGGUUGUCAUCGGUGCUGUGACUGUUUUCUGCAUUUCAUCUGCCACCGAUACGCUCUAUGCCAGGAGGCAAGGGAGAUUAGGAGGCGUCUCCCUCUGUCAAGCCCAGAGAGUUCUUCUGAGUCAGGAGUGGUUGUUGCUCCUCCCUCCAUGCAAGCCAUGAACCGUAGAUUGCCGGCCGAAGCCUUCUAUGUCGGAGAGAAGGAACCUGAGAGCAAUAAAGAUCUCAAACUUGAGAUGAAGCCGGUUUCGAAAGAUGCGGAGGGUUUUGAGAGUGAAGCUGACUUCCUCGCCUUGGAGUCAACGAGGGAAUGGAGCACCGGGCUUUGCUCGUGCAUUCCAGGCUCCAAUAGCGAACACACUCUUUCGGAUUGUGAAAUGUGCUGCAUCGACACCUCCGCACCAUGCGUGCUGUAUGGAGGCAACGUGGUUCGCCUGAGUGGUAACCAGAACGACUUCUUCAACCACGGCCUUUGUUAUGCAUCGCUGAUUAUUUUUGGGAAAUUGUUUCUCCGUAUCAACGUGCUUGCGCCAAUCAAGACAUGGUCCAGUCGAUCCGCCAUUCGCACACGGUUCGGCCUCCAG